UGUCAGUUCGUAGCGGAAUAUUUUAAACACUGCUUGUAAUUAUGUUUUAUCGUUUCAACACAAUAUUACAGGACAAUGGAUUUACAAACAGAAAUUAUUUGACGGGACAUUAAAACCGUAACUAUUACCGGAGUCAUGUACCAUUUGUCUUGUUUACUGGAAGACGACUUCUAACACAAAGGACCUCAGCAGACUUUUGCCCAGUGUGCACGCAACAUGUGGUCACCAUGGAGACGGAGCACACUGCGGAACUUCGCCUUCACUCCGAGUUAUCCAUCCCAAAACGAAUUAGCCCCACCAACAAAAUAAGUACAGUCCUCAAACGUUCACAAUGAAGCGAAAACCACUUAGCUAACACCACAGCGGUCUGACGGGCGCCAUGGAGAGAAAAUAUGAGCUGUGUGGGCCUUUUCUGCCGAGGAGGCACCCCUCCUUGAAAACAAGUGCGGAAAUAGUAAGCGAAGCAAGACGCAUCCUACGAGCCCAGUCCACCCAGAGACCUUGCACUCCUAGAGAUGGACAAAGGCAACUUUUUGCAAGCCCUGUCCGUGCAGACCACAACAGCAGACCUUCAUCUACCUUCAGUCUUCACGCACAAAGUUUUGAUGUCUCAGAAUCCCGGCCAACAUCAGGGUCUCACCUAUCUCCCUUAGAACACAAGUCCAGGACUGCAAUUCCCGGUAAGGAUGAGGUUUCGAAGUCUUUUCCCAAACCUCCCACUGACUCAGUGGACACAAACCGGGGGCUGACGGGGACACGGGCGCGUCUUCUCAGGGCAACGUCUCUCACCACUUUACCUCCUCUUGCUGGACAUGCAGAAGCACAAGAACGAUUAAAACCAGGCGUGUCGAAAAAGCUACCGCCACCGCAGUCUUUGUUUUCUGGAGACCACAACAAAGUCUACAAUGUUCCCCAUAAACCUGGUCCACGCCGAACUCAAAGUGAAAGCAGACUAAUACAGCCCAAUGAUGAUCCAGGAGUCACAACCUCAAAGGGUGGACCAGAAUUUAGAACAGAUUUGUGCGAUGGAAAGAAGAACACAAGCACAGAUGCAGAAUCAAAGUGGGAUAGGAUAGCGCCUCUUCUCCAGCAGAUAAAAGCUGCAGCUGCAUGUGGCUGCUCUGAGACCUCCCUGGAGCAUCUGUGCAACUUGUGCGUCAGUCUCCAUGACUCCUUGGCAGAGGUCGGCAUGCUGGGCCGUCAUGGCUGCAAGAAGCGCUCCACUGUGCUGCGGACGCUGUUUGGGCUCAUUGACCUCAACUCUUCGCCGCUCGAUCUUCACGUCGCCGAGCUCUGCCUCGCCUUGUGUGUCAGUGGGAACAAUCUGCUCAACAUCUGUAAGCUGGUCUUCCAAAUUAGUCGCAAUGAAGACAAUGACGUUCUCUUCCAAGACAGCUCAGUCAUAGACCUGCUGCUCGGGCUGCUGCUUCGUGAGGAGGUGUCUGCAUCUGGAGAAGCGUUGUUUUACUGUGUCGGCACGCUUAAGUUUCUCUCAGGAAACGCUGCGAUUGUACGCCAACUGUUGGACAAAAACUGUAUGAGAGUGGCACAGAAGUUCAUAAAAAAACUCUGCAGAGUUGAGGACGCUUACUUCAAAAUGGCCAGACACAUCUUUGUACAGCUGACUGCCACCAUGAGGAACCUUGCUGAUCAUCCUGAGGCCCGCUCGAUGUUCGUCUCCUACUCGCUGAUGUCACAGCUUUGCUUGGUGCUGCAGCGCCAUAGCCAGGACCAAGAUGUCUGCACCAAUGUUUCUAGAAUCUUCAGUAAACUCUCCUCUUAUGCGGAGGGUCGCCUCUCACUGGCUGAGACCCCCGACUGUUACCAACUAUUUUUAGAACUCUUGAGCAAACAUCACCAAAAACAGGACCUGGUCGUGCGACUGCUUUUCACGCUGGGCAAUCUCACGUCCAAGAGUGACGAGGCUCGGCAGCAGCUCUUCCGCUGCGAGGCGUGUGCGGACACCCUCCUGCGGCUGUACGACGACUACCAGCUGAGGGAGGACUCGCCGCAACCCACGGCGGCCAGCGCACGGGAUGGCGAGGAUGUGCUGGUGAAGCUUGUCAGGGUGCUGGCGAACAUGUGCAUCCAUCCUGAUGUGGGCGCUGCGCUGGCCAGCAACACAACCUGCAUUCAGCUGCUGAUGGAGACACUAGAGCUGCGGUCCGUGCAGGAGAGCGAGGAGCUAAUUGUGAACGUGGCCGCAACCAUCAACAACCUGACCUGUUACCACAAAGACAGCUCGGCGCUCAAACGCAGUCAGCUGGCCAUUGCAGAGUUGAUGCUGAAGUUGAUGCUCAGCUCCAAUAUGGACGCCAUGCUGGAGGCCACCCGCGUCUAUGGGAACUUGUCACAGUCCAAAGAUGUGCGGGACUUUAUAAUACAAAAUAAAGUGCACAGGUUUGUUGUGACACUUCUGGACUCUAAGAGCCCUGACGUCUGCUUCUCGGCUUGUGGGGUCCUCACCAACCUGGCGCUGGAUCCUCCGAACCGAGCCAGUCUCUUGCUGGAGGGGGCUGCAGCAAAGCUGACCGACUGCCUGCGAGACUUCGGAGCAGGUGACUGGCAGCUGGCGGGCCAGGUGUGUCAGGCCUUGUGGAACUUAACAGGCGGCGGCUCAGAGAAGCUGCUGCACGCACAGGAGGGACAAUCGCUGCUGGAGAUCCUCAAGUCCUACUUAGAUGAAGACAAGGCCUUGAAGUGGACGGAAAACAAGGAUGUGAGCGAUUACCACAGAGCGUCCUGGGAGUUGGAGUUCCGACCCGCAGCCCAAAAACUACUGACAGAAAUUGUGACAUAAAAAACCAUGGGCAAUGUACCCUCAGGUAAACAUGAUAUGUUGUUAUCCAACUACCAGCUUGUACCGUACUACGGCGUAUGUGAAUGUUUUGAUGUGUUGUGCUGUUAUCUCAAGUCCUAUAGCCUCAUGUGAAUCCUCUUUAAAGCACUUUAAAGUCCAUUCCUUCAUUGCCUGGCAAACAUGAUAGCAUCCCUAGACUUGGAGGAUGUUCAUUCAGAUGACAACACCAGAAUCAUUUCAAAUGGCAACACUGAAAUAAAUCAAGACUAUUACUUAGUACCAUGAUGGAUCAGAGGGGGAAAAAUAUGGAAUCACCCUGUACAUUUGAUUUUCCAAAGAUUAAAUAUUUUCAUUAGUCUGCAGUUAGUGUUCACACCUUAGAGAGCUGUUACACCAGGUGGAUCAUACUUGCCAACCCUCCCGGAUUUUCCGGGAGACUCCCGAAAUUCAGCGCCUCUCCCGAAAACCUCCCGGGACAAAUUUUCUCCCGAAAUUCAAGCGGAGCUGGAAGCCACGCCCCCUCCAGCUCCAUGCGGACCUGAGUGACGUGUCGACAGCCUGUUUUCACGUCCGCUUUCCCACAAUAUAAACAGCGUGCCUGCCCAAACACGUUAUAACUGUAGAAUAAUCGAGGGCGAGUUCUUGGUUUCUUAUGUGGGUUUAUUGUUAGGCAGUUUCAUUAACGUCCUCCCAGUGCGGCAACAACACACAACAACAGCAGUCACGUUUUCGUCUACCGUAAAGCAGUUCGUCUGCCGUAAACAGCAAUGUUGUGACACUCUUAAACGGGACAAUACUGCCAUCUACUGUACAUGCAUAUGUGACAUUAACAUAUAGGGCUUUUAGAGAGUGCACUGCACAACUGCGCACAGAACAAGGAGACGAAGCAGAAUGCAUCAUCAGAGAGGGUGUUCAACAUGGUUAGAAAAAUAGUGACAGAGAAUAGAACAAGGAUGAACAAUUCAACCCUUAACUCAACAAUGAGUAGAUGAGUGUUAUGUGUGUGUAUAUGUGUAAAUAAAUGAACACUGGGUUUAUUGUUAGGCAGUUUCAUUAACGUCCUCCCAGCGCGGUAACAACACACAACAACAGCAGUCAUGUUUUAUUCUACCGUAAAGCAGUUCGUCUGCCGUAAACAGCAAUGUUGUUGUAAUAUAUUGAGUUGGAGGCAAUAACCAGGCGAGGCGAUGAAGUACGUCUCUUUACUGUAGACUUCAGAACAGACUCACACACUUGACGUCAGGUGCGCAACACCACGUAAAUCGUUGGCCAACCAAAAAGUAACCCCAGUACGCUAUAGCCAACAUUCACCAGGAGAUGGCAACAGACAAACAUAGAUCACUCUAUUACAUUCCUCCCCUUUUAGAAAUGUAGAGGUUACUCAAAAGAAAUAAACAACCCAACCAAAAAAUGCAGCAGCUCAAUUAUACAAACAGUAUUUUACAUCUUUAACACAGAUUUUUAUACUGUCUUCAGAGAUUCCGUUUUUUUGGUGGUACUCGAAACUUUUCUGGGUACCUGCGAAAGGGUGUUCUGCAUGGUUAGAAAAAUAGUGACAGAGAAUAGAACCUCCCGAAAUUGGAGGUCUCAAGGUUGGCAAGUAUGAGGUGGAUUGACAUGAAUCAUGGCUCCAACACAAGAGAUGUCAAUUGACAUUAUCCAACUUCUUCAAGAAGGUAAAUCAUCUCGCAAUGUUGCAAAAUGUGUUGAUUGUUCACAGUCAGCUGUGUCUAAAAACUGCACCGAGUAAGAACAACAUGGGAAGGUUGUAAAAAGGCAAGAAUACUGGUAGACCGAGGGAAGUAUCAAAGCAUCCAGACAGAAAACGUAGAGCAAUACAUCUUGGAAACAGAAAAUGCCAAGCAGAAUAAAUGACCGAGCUGUAAGAAACCACCUUAAGGAAAUGGGAUUUGAAUACAGAAAAGCUAAACGAAAGCAGUAAUCUAAACAGAAACAACCAAGGUAACAAUGGGCUAAGGAAAAACAAUGGUGGACUAUGGAUGACUGGAUGAAUGUUAUGCUCAGUAAUGAAUUGUGAAUUUGCAUCAGGCAAAGUGAUGAUACUGCAACUUUUGUUUGGUGCCGAUUCAAUGAGAUUUAUGAAGACGACUGCCUGAAGAAAAGAUGCAAAUGUCCACAGUCCUUGAUGAUAUGGGUCUGCUGUCAUUACAUCUUGAAUAAACGCACACGGCGGUCACUGGUGCGCUUUGCAGCCCAGUGUGAAGCUGCUGGGAUGAGGAUCAGCACCUCCAAAUCUGGCGCCGUGGUUCUCCGUGGGAAAAGGGUGGACUGCUCUGAGUCUGUUUCACAAUGAGGGAAGAAUGGAACUCAGGAUUGACGGACGGAUUGGUGCAGGGUCAGCCGUGAUGGAGUCACUGUACUUCUCUGUUGUAGUGAAGGAGCUGAGCCAGAAGGCGAAGCUCUCGAUUUACUUGGUUAGUCUCCAGUCCUACCCCAAAGAACAAGGUUGGGAAUACAAAAGAGUUUCCGCAGCAAGAUGUUCGGGAUCUCCCUCAGAGAUAGGGUGAGGAAUUCGGUCAAUCGGGGAGAGACUCAGAGAGGAGCCAGCUGAGGGAGCUUGGGCAUCUCCCACAAAUGACUCCUGGAAGCCUCCUUGGGGAGGCGUCUAAGGCAUGUCCAGCCAGGAGGAGGCCUCCGGGCAGACUGAGGACACGCUGGAGGGACUAUGUCUCACAGCUGGCCUGGGAACGCCUCGGUGUGUCCCUGG